AUGGAUGCACCACUUAAUACACCGAACAAGCGGAAACGGGCCCGCAUAGCUUGCAUUCCUUGUAGGGAGCGCAAACGGAAAUGCGACGGCGGCGAGCCAUGUUGCACAUGCACAUCUUGGGGAUACGCUUGUUACUAUGAACCGCGCCGCCGAAAAGUGAGGUCUCCCACACCAGAUUCCCAACCCGAACGUCAGUCCCCACCUCACAGUAGUACCUCUAUUCCGAGCACUGUCGAGGCUGCCGAAAAAGUCGUGGUCGAUCGGGGUGGACUGGUGCGGCGGCUGGAGGCCAACUCGGGCGCCGCCUUCAUGAGAAGGCUUGGGCUUAGGAUUGAUCCCUCGAAAGCCCCGAAGCUCAAUCUAUUCAGCUGGAACAUUGGAAACAGACAACAGACAUAUCCAGCCAAUUCAACAACAUCGGCCUUACCAAUUCUUCAAACCACAGCGCUUGAAAACAUGAAGGCUAUGGCGCAGGUGUAUUUCGAUAAAGUCCACCCUUGUUAUGGAUUUAUCGAUCAGAAUCUCUUUUUUGAACGACUUGAGCUACGCUGGAAAUCUCCCCUUCUAUGGGAGCUUUACGAUUCCACAUUAGCGGGUGUGGCGGCUCUUGGGUGUUUGUUCUCGCUGCGAGACGCUACAAUCACGGAGCUACGUCUCGUUCGGACAGCUUGUGCUGUAUUAGACAUGCAGCAUCUCUCCGGUCCUCCUUCUAUCGAUCUGUUGACAGGAUGGACUCUGCGGUCUAUCUAUUUACGUAUGACUGACUCGCCACAUUCCACGUGGGUUGCCAGUUCGACUUUGAUGCACCUAGUCGAAGCUGCGGGUCUCCAUCCAGAGUCGCAUUCGGUCCUGCCGGAAAGAGUACAGUGCGAUGUAGAGAUUCAGAAACGUCUUGUUGGUGUUGCACACCAUUUGAACGUGUGGACUUCUUACGACCUCGUUGAGCUUCUCCGACUCCUCCCUGUGUCAGUUAGCCUUGACCCAAGCAGAUCGAAGGAUGAGACGGAUCUCACAUCCACACUUUCAAGCCUUCUGGAUGGAACUCACACUCAACCACCGUCAGUUAUGGCUCAGUGUAAUCUCGUGCUUUGUGUUCUUCGGCGGAUCCAUACCCAAAACCUCGAUAUCCCUUCUGAGCUCGCGAUGAAGGUGUUGCAAUUGUUGAAGAAAGGUCUUAACUGCGCUCGAAGCAUGGUUAUCGACUGUUCACCAUGGCAUCAAGUUGCUAAUGUGCCUUUCCAAAUCAUAUGCGUCCUUCUUGUUAUGGACACGCGGUCUUCUCUUGCCAUGCUCCCAGAGGCUUUGCAAACCCUGGGGCUGGUUGCUUCCAUAUACGAUACGGAAACCAUGAGAGAGGCUCAUAGUGCAGCCUGCUUGCUUGUUAUGCUGCAUCAGCAGCGCAGGAAGGAUGAUGUAGCGAUCCUUGGCGAGGCGCUUCACGCGCAUCAGCAGGGAAGACCGCGUGAGUCGCCGCCACAACUCGAUCCUAACUCCGAGGAAUAUUCAUGGCUGGGUGCGUUGGUAGCCGAUUUACCUGGUCUUCAGAGGAUUGAUCUUGAUCAGUUCCUGAACGCAGAUAUGAUCGAUACCUCGGUACUGAGUGGGCUGGGAUAG